GCAAGCGCACGCGCAGGCUCUCCCGGUACGGAGCUCAGCUGAUGCAGUUGUUGUGCUACCCCUCCCCCGCAGCUCUCCCGGCUGCACUCUACCGGCGCUCGGCCCGGCCCCGGGACCGGGACGCUGUGACCCUGUCCUGCGGCCCGCACGCACCGGAGCAUCCCGGGACCGCGCAGCACUCCGCGUGCGGGUGAGCGACCCGGGCCGUGGGGCCCACGUCCCCUGCCCGAGCGUUUCUAGAGCAUCUGAGAACCGUGUUGAGUUCACAAGACCGCGGUAUAAACAUUGAGAGCCCGGGGAGGAGACGAAGGGGAUCUACCACUCCCUUUAAAAACCUCAAACAUGGGAAAGUCUCUUUCUCACUUACCUUUGCAUUCAAAUAAAGAAGAUGGCUAUGAUGGCGUUACAUCGACAGACAAUAUGAGAAAUGGAUUGGUUAGCAGUGAAGUGCACAACGAAGACGGAAGAAAUGGAGAUGUCUCUCAGUUCCCAUAUGUGGAAUUUACUGGAAGAGAUAGUGUCACUUGUCCCACUUGCCAAGGAACAGGAAGAAUUCCUAGGGGACAAGAAAACCAACUGGUGGCAUUGAUUCCAUAUAGUGAUCAGCGGUUACGGCCAAGAAGAACAAAGCUGUAUGUGAUGGCGUCUGUGUUUGUCUGCCUGCUCCUGUCUGGAUUGGCUGUGUUUUUUCUUUUCCCUCGAUCUAUUGAGGUGAAGUACAUUGGAGUAAAAUCAGCCUAUGUCAGCUACGACGCUGAAAAGCGAACCAUAUAUUUAAAUAUCACGAACACACUAAAUAUAACAAAUAAUAACUAUUAUUCUGUUGAAGUUGAAAACAUCACUGCUCAAGUCCAGUUUUCAAAAACCGUGAUUGGAAAGGCUCGUUUAAACAACAUAACUAACAUUGGCCCACUUGAUAUGAAGCAGAUUGAUUAUACGGUACCCACAGUUAUUGCAGAGGAAAUGAGUUACAUGUAUGAUUUCUGUACACUGCUCUCCAUCAAAGUGCACAACAUAGUACUCAUGAUGCAAGUUACUGUAACAACAGCAUACUUUGGACACUCUGAGCAGAUAUCUCAGGAAAGGUACCAGUAUGUCGACUGUGGAAGGAACACGACUUACCAGUUGGCCCAGUCUGAGUAUCUAAAUGUCCUUCAGCCACAACAAUAAACUCUAAAGGAGAUGUGGUUAGAGCCGAUGACACACCUGAGACAUCGUCAGAACUGUCAGUGAGGAGGUACUGCCUAGAAGGACAUCUUUAAUUAAGCACGUCUGAAGUUCACACUGGGAUGUCGAGGGUCAGCUGACAGACUGUGGGCCUUGUGCAGUUCCUGCACUCUCACUUUCUGUGUUGACGAUUUGCUCCUACCAAGAGCCUUUCGUCCAGCUUAAGUUAACUGAUUGGCUUUCUUCUCACCUUUGUUCCCAAGGUGAAAAAUUGAAACUUCCGUAGAAUACAAUAAAUAAUUAUAUAAAAGUCAUAGAUUUAAUCUAUAUAUCUAUUGAUAAUAUAGUUCAUUCCUGAACAUAAUUUGAAAAAUAACUUCUGAAGAUUUUUAUAUAAAAUUACUGAAAGCCUAUUAUUCAUGGAGAACUUUUAAAAACUGACCUGUUUUAUAAAUUCCCAUUCUUACAUGGUAGUCUUUCAACUAUAUGAUAACUUAGCUAUUAGCUAAAUGUUUUUAGCCUUUAAUUUCUUGAAAUUCUACUGAUUUGCAUGUUUUGUCUUAUUUCUAGCUAAUGGUUGCAUAAUAUUUACCAACCAUACCAUUCGGCCACAUUCUGUUCUACAUUUUGUAAGAACCUCUCAGUAUGUGUUUCAUGUAUAACUUUGUGAGCUUUCUGUGUGAUCUUCAAACAUAUUCCUUUAAUGUACAAUAUUGUAAAUAAAGUGCAUGGCUUUUAUACAGCUUUGAUAAAGGUCAAAUGAAGUAGUACAGAUUAAGAAUAAAGCAGGUUGUUCAUAAACAAUAAGGUAGGAAAUUGAAAUUAAGAAACCUAUAAAAUAUCAGUAGGUUCCGCUACAUGUUGGAUCUGACAUAACAUAGAUGCACAGUAAAACAUUUCGAUGCUCUACUUUUUAUAUUAAUUAUAUAGAUGCUUUUCCCAGCAAUUAGGUAUCAUCAAUUUUAUGAAUGUUUUAGGGAAGAAAACCAUUUCUUUCUAGAAAUUAGUCAAGGAAUAAUUUCAUUGAACACUGGUGACUACAUCAAAAUAAAACCUAUAGUUUGCUUAAAAAAUUUAAUCAUUACCCAUCAUCCUGAGUCGAUGCUUCUAGCAGUUACAGUAAACAUUUAUUUUUUAAUUUUGUCUAACAUGGUUUUCAAAUAUGAUGGACGUAUUCAUCUUGUUGCUUUAUAUUUCCAGUGUCAUUUUUGACCAAGUAUUUUCCUUAUUCACCCAGCAAAUUUCCAGUGCAUUCUGUUUUCUUAUGUCAGAAGUUGGGUUUUCCGUUUCCCAUACCCAAGUGCUUCCGUUGGUUGUGAUGUGUGCUCUGUUCCUCAGCCUGGCUCUCAAGUGGAAAGCAGAAACUCUAACGGCUUCACCCUGCCCUUGAAGCACUCGUCAUCUUUCCUUAGCAGUCACCUGCAUUCGCUGUAUGAGGGAGCUUUGGGGUCACCCGUGGUCUGUGUGUGGCCACCCUUCCCGUACACCCAGAGCACCCUCUGCAGUCAUUCACGCUCUAGUCAAGCUGGGCUUUGUUUGUUUGGUUUUUCUUUUCUGUGCUUGCUGGUCACCUCCAUUCUUGAAGCUGCACAGUUGGCUGGUUGUGCUUACAUUUUUCAAAUCAACCUCAUUUCAUUAUAUGCAGUCUCUCCUUUUUAUGUAACUGUCUGUGAGUCAUUUGUUUCAUUUCAUUUGUUUUGUCUAGAAAUGUCUACUCCUGUUACUUAAAAGUUACCACUGUCUUUAGUUUGGCUACUCAGCUGAACACUAGCCAUAAAUACGUGUGAGGUGUGCAAAAUCAUCAUCCAUCCAUCUCUGCAGAAUCGCCCUUUACCUAGGCCUCAUGUAGUAGCCACUUUCUCUGCCCCUUCCAUGUGUAUUUCAGUCCAGGAGAGCACUGUGUUCUGCCAGAGUUCGUGGACAAGGCCUACUGAGGCAGGACAGUACAGUCAACUUUACUCCCAGUGAUUCAGUUUCAAAAACCUUUUCGUAACUAUUUACAUUGAAAUUUCUAUCUCAACCAGUUCUAAUGUCUAGCUUUAAUAAUGCCUGAGUCAUUUGAAAACCCAGCCUGCAACUCUUCAACGAAAAUCAAGUAACUCCUGGGUAAGCCAGGCUGCUAACAGCUGUAAGUUAAUAAAACUCAAACCAAAUGAACAAACAGCAGCUGAACAAUAGCCAUGGAGACAUCUGCAACUAUGAGUGAAGCUUUGUGCUUUUCUUAGGUCUGGUUUAGCUAGGUCUGACUUCGGGCAGGGAGGAAGAGUAGGUAUUAAUAUAGUUUUAUAUGAGCACCACCAGAGCUUAGCCAGGGACAUGAUGAAGACAUUACCAUGUUGCCCCAUGCUCACAGGGGUAAAUUCUGUUCUACACUAACCCAGCACUGCCCCAGGCUCUGUGUGGACAACACACUGGCUGUUGCUCUUCUGUCUGCUUUUCUUAUGUAAUUUCUCAACAGGACACUGGGAGGAUUUGGUUUAAAAUUAUAUAUUAGUAAAUCCUUCAGUUGCAGCCAGAAGCUGCUUCUCCGACUCUCUUCUUAUCUGUGCCCUAUCAAUUACAAUGUCCAUUGGCAAGCCAUGGUGACUCAGGUUAGUACAAUUACACAUUGAAAAAGUGGCCGGCAAGGUGGGGCAGCGGUUGAGGAUGGUGGCCACCAAGCUUGAUGACCUGAGUUCAAUCUUUGUACCCCACAGAAGGCGGAGAGAACUGGCACUCUUCUCGGAUGACCGUUCACGGACAGUACAAUACCACAUAUAUAGUGUACACACACAUACAAAUGUGUCGAUGCCCAUUCACAAACAGUACAGUACACGCACACACAGACACAUACAAAUGCAUGAAAAAAUAAAGUAAAAGUUUUUGAAGUUAAUAGUGAUGGCUAAGAUUUUGGUAGCUUUGAGUUGCUAUCUGAAAUAUUUCUAAAAGUAAAUUAAACGAUGUAGAAUCCUUCAGAACCAAAGCUGGAGCUUAAUUUUUAUGUGUUAAUAUUUAAUACUUCACAAUCAUUCCAAUAAAAAUAAAACUGACAUUUUUGGUGUGAAUUAUUUAUAAGUAAGAUUAUUACAUUUGAGAUUUGAAAUACAGAGCUGAAAAUACUAGACAUGAGAUAAAUUUCUUGAAAUUGCUUGAAAGACUAUCUUGCCUGAGGUGACAUUUCAUAGAACAUAACUGUAUUUUGUUAUCAGUUUUCCUUUGACUCCUGUUUACCCGGUCUUAAUGAAGUAAUUCUUUUUUCUUAAAACCUAUUAAAAGAGUAAAAUAUAACUGACUUCAGAUCUUAUAAUUUGCACUUAGGAAAUGGUGGUGAAGUGUAAAAGGAUGUGGGAGGUUGACAUCCAAACACCGUCUAAGUAACAUUAGGACAAUUGGAACUUGGCCCUAAUGGGCCUUGUGGUUUUUAGCCUACUAUGGAAUAAUUUUGGCUAUUAUGUUGGCAGGUGUGCCGACUUUUCCAUUCUGCCUUUUAAAGUGCUUAAAUCAACUGGUUGUUAACACAUUGCGUCUUAUUUUAGAAGAUAGUUUCAUUCAUAUGUUUUUAAAAUAGGAGUACCUUUUACAUUUUCAAAUACAUUUUUGUCUUCUUUGAUAAGUAAUAAGAGCUAAACAUUUAGCCAUUGGUUUAUAAUCAAAUGGUAAACCGUGAUGCCUGAGACACUAAAAUGCCAUAGCUGCUUGGCUCAAAGUGUGUCUUAGAGUGGGCAGCCUUAUUCCUCUGACUUUGUGAAACUAGAUUUUAAAUGAAACAUUUAUCUUUAACUUUCUAAAGAAAAUUAGUACAUAUCUUAGAAAGCUGAAUAAAAAAAAUCACUAUUUCUUCAAAGUUGUAAUUUUAGAUUAAAAUAAAUGUAUUUGUGAUAUACUUACUUGGCUCAAAAAUUUAACUUCUAUAUCAAAGACCUAUUUACAUUACAGUCUUCAUUCACAGUUUCUGGUUGCAACUACUUUGUGUGGUUUUUAGCUUGCUUAGAGAACAGGUUUCACAGAAGAGCUCUGACGCUUAUCUUUAAAUUCGAUAAAAGCAACAGCAAUGGGAUUACUGUAGGAACACAAAUAGAAUUUCCAUGUUUUAAGCUGUUCUUGUUCCUUUUUACAUGUGUUAACACAGACUCCAAGCUGAAGAUACAGUGUGGUUGGGGUUCAACCCUCAAAGCAGUGCAUAGACAACGUAGCAAUAUUAUGAGGAGCUUCAUAGUUAAGUCUUAACUAUUCUAGAAGGAAGUUGUUGCCUUCUGUUUAAUUACAUUCAUGAAAUGUGUUUAAGUGAAAUAUUUUCAGGAUAUUUUGUAUGCUGUAAAACAAAAAAGGAAUUGUAUUGUGCCAAUGGCCAAAGGUAAUAUUACUACCAUGUAGAUGAUGACAGUUCAAAUUGUCCCACGUCACCCAGAAGUUUAGAAACUAGAAGUCUGGGAGACACCACAUCAGUUGUAUUGGGUGAUUCUUAAGUGCUGUACACGCUAUUCAUCUUGUCAAUGUCCAGCACAAGAAGGAGCGAUGCCAGGCAAGCUGCAAAGAUGCAGAAUUUCAUGACGCAGGCUGGUGUCAGACAUAAGUAUCAGCCAGUCAUGUCCGUGUGUUUUAUCUUAGAGUUUCACUUAGAGCUUCACCCUUAAGAGUUGGAAAAUGAUUUGGGAUGUGAUAGUAUUCCUAAGCUCUGACAGUCGAUUCGGAUGGUGGAAUAGAGAAUGUAAGGUCCGUUCUGUAUGCUUGCUCUUUAGCGACCUCCAUUAUGUUACAUCUGUUAAAUUCAUUAUUUGUACAGUUCUGAAUUAUUAUGAUUGCUGUUCAUGUAGGGAAACAUGGUUAUGAUAGGAACAAGAAUAGAAAUGUCCCCAAUGCUAUUUUUUAAAUUCACUUGUAACUGUUACUCUUAUACUUGUGUAUGACAAAAUAAAAUUUGUAAAAAACACUUUAGCAUGAAAAAUAAAAUUUGUAUCAACAAAGUA